AUGCCCGCGAUAUUUAUCUUGCUGUUUGCGCUACCUUUGUCUCGAGAAGACAGAACGGACUACACAAGGAGCCAUGCCGAAGCGAAAGGAGUGUCCGACAAAGGCGCGAUCACUGCAGAGCAGCUGCAUCCAGGGACGAUCUCACGUCUCUACGUCGCGUCUCGACGUCGCGUCUCGAAAUACUGGAGAGAUGUCGCCUCUCCCGUUCUAUUCGAGACCUUGGUCAUCGAAGCAGAAGAAGAUGCCAUACAAGAUCUCGACUCGAGGCCUUAUGACUCUUUGAAAGAAACGAGGUUCGAGUGCCUCCAUUUGGUCAGGCAUUUCAAGAUACAUGCAGUCUUCCAUCGCAUUAUCGAAGAUCGUCGCCUCCACGGCGUUUAUCCAGGAGGCGAAUAUGAGUGGGAAGAAACUGGUGUUGACGCGUUGAGAAUCGAGAUGUUGCCCUUACUAGCGCAGCUCAAACCUAGGGCUCUCCGUAGCUUUCGUUGGGAUCUAGGGUGUUGUAUGCCCAAAGAGAUACUCGGUGUCGAGGGCCAUCUACAACAAGAGCAGCCGGAGAUCGAUUCACUAUCCCUCAAUACAGGAGCUCCGACCGACAGAAACUGGUUGUUUCACGGUGGAGACUACACUAUUCCACCACCAGCGCCUCGAAGCUUCUCCUGGACAGGUGCUAGACUGGCAUCAGAGUUAGAGUCCUUGCGUGUCUUUCUUGCGGCAAACAGAAGUAUCCUCGAAACGCUGGAAUUGGACUUCAUUGAUCGGAAUUCAGUGAACCCUGCCUGUCAAACACGGCUGGCGAGUGAAGACCCCCUGCACCUUUACUACACACGUCUUACCUCUUCCGCUGGAUCCAUCCAUCAACUCCUUUCCCGCGCUUACCACUCUCUCACUCUCGGCCGUCUGUCUGCCGUUGAACCUUGA